AUGGGCAUCCAACGUGGAAGUCAGGCAGCACAUGCCGGUCCCUCUAGCACUAUCAACCCGUUAGUGCAGGAGUUCGGAUCCCUUCAAGUCCUCGACGACUUGAUUCGGUUACGUGCCGCUGAUGCCGUUCAAUAUCCGAUUCUUGCCUAUCCCCGUUUUGAGAAUGAUGCAGCUUCCUAUGAGUACUACACCGGAAAACACUUGGAUACCAUGAUAAACCAAGCUAUCAUUAUGCUCAUAGAUAAUGGAUUCAAGCAGCGAACGCAAAGCCCAUCCAUCGUGGCACUCCUCACUUUGUCCGACCUUAACAUGGUGAUCACCUUUUUUGCCCUAAGUCGACUGGGCUAUACUGUCAUGAUGCUCUCUCCAAGACUAUCGGGGGAAGCCUGCGUCUCAUUGCUAGAAACGGUUAACUGCGAGUCGAUCAUAUAUGGCCAAUCCCCCAAUAUCCGCUCAACAUUGGGCGAGAUCCUCCGCCGGAGGUUGGUGACCUGCCGCCCAAUGCUGUCAUGCUCCUUGUACAACAAACUAGAAUCGUCAUCGCUUGUUCUGCAUCGCAAUCGAAACCCCGAAAAGGUCGCACUGAUUCUUCAUUCCUCGGGAUCGACAGGCACCCCAAAACCGCUCUUCCUCACACACAAAGCGAUCAUGACUCACCCGCUGAGAGGUCCUGGAUUUACUUCUUUCAAUACUCUGCCAUGGUAUCACCUCCAUGGCCUGUCCACCGCAUUGCAGGCAAUGUGGAUGAGAAAAACAGCCUAUAUGUGGAGCGCGGCGCUGCCUUUAACUGCAGAACUCGUUGCUACCGCCCUCGAAGAAGCCAGACCAGAGUCGGUAGCAGCCGUUCCAUACAUGCUCCAAAUCUUAAUUGAUGAUCUCCGUGGUAUCGCAGCGCUAAGGCAGUGCAAGUUGGUUACAUACGGAGGUGCACCCUGUCCCGACGAGCUGGGCGAUCGCCUAGUAAGCGAAGGAGUACACUUUGGAGGCUCAUUCGGUCUCACCGAGGCUGGCCUUGUCGCAGAAUCAAUCUCACGACCAAAAGGCGAUCCUUAUUGGAACUAUCUGAAGUUCUUUGACAAUAUCCGAUCUUAUGUCUGGAUGAAGCCUAUCUCUGGAUCAGACUCGCUUUUCGAGUGCGUUUAUCUUGCUGGUUAUCCAGCAUUGACAACUUCGAAUUCAAACGAGCCACCAGGAUCCUUUCAUUCGAAAGACGUGUUCACCCCUCAUCCUACAAUUGCGGGAAGAUGGAAAUACAUCUCACGACUGGACGAUCGAAUAAAUCUAUUGAAUGGUGAAAAGGUUUUACCACUCCCCAUUGAAGGUCACAUCAAACAACACCCUUUUAUCCACGAUGCCGCUGUGGUAGGAAUAGGCAGAGCUGCUCCAGGGCUAUUGAUUUUGCGAGCAGACGAUCCUGAAGCGAACCAUCUCUCGGACGACAAAUACCUCAAUGCAAUCUGGCCGACAAUCCAAGAAGCCAACUCUCAGGCAGAGGCUUUCUCUCAGAUUUCUCAGAAUCUGGUUGCUAUAUUGCCAUAUGACGCCAAGUUUGCUCGAACGGACAAAGGGUCCAUGAUCCGGGCACAGGUCUAUGAAGAGCACAGCGAACUUAUCGAAGGCCUUUAUACGGAGAAGGAACAGAUCUAUGGGAAUCUGCUACUUGACGUCGUGGAGACCGAACGCGUUCUUCUUCAAAUAGCCCAGCACGAACUUGGUAUACCUAUAUCUGGUGUCGACACCAAUUUCUUCUCCGAGGGCGUGGAUAGUCUCAAGGCAAUCCACUUCCGACGUCUCAUUCUUCAACAUUUCAAGUUUGAGAUGAGUCAGGCUCCUGCUCCGAAUGUCAUAUUUGAAGCGGGCUGUAUAUCACAAUUGGCUCGACAUAUCUGUACUUUACAAAAGGGGGAGACAUGCGAAGAUGCCGAGAGCGAUUUAUCUGUGAUGACAGAAUUGGUCGAGAAAUACUCUAUGUUUGAGAGGCAUAUACCACAGCCACAUUCUUUCACGGGGUCAAACAGUGUGCUUUUGACAGGAGCCACCGGGUCAAUUGGGGCCCAUGUCUUGCACGAGCUUCUCAACGACGAUUCCAUCUCCAUAGUGUACUGUCUCACACGGCGAGAAUCGCCACUGGAAGCAAUACUACGCACUCUAACCGACAAAGAUCUAUUUGUGUCCCCCGAACAGAUAACAAAGAUCGUCGCCUUGAACGGCCGUAUUGACCAGCCCGAUUUCGGUCUGUCUCUGGAUGAGAGUAUAAUCACACACAUGCUCGACACGGUCUCGCUCAUUAUCCACACAGCAUGGCCCGUCAACUUCAAUCUCCCCUUGGCCGAGUUCGAGCCACACAUCCAGGGCCUAUACAAUCUGAUUCAAUUCUCCCUCUGUGUGCAGAGACGCGAGCCUGCCGUCAUGAUGUUCUGCUCAUCCAUUUCCACCGCGCUCGGAUCUCGAUCGCCCGAGAUCCUCGAAGAACCAGUCGAUUUAGAUUCCGCCUUUAUGGGUUACGGGCAGUCCAAGUUAGUUGGGGAGCGGAUUGUGAGCAAUGCGCGACUCAGUGGAGCAAGGGCUUAUUCUCUUCGAAUUGGUCAGGUCUCUGGUCACUCGAAGAAGGGCCUUUGGAAUGACUCCGAAGCUCUGCCGUUGAUGAUCCGGUCGGCGCUGACUCUGGGUGCACUGCCUGAGCUAUCUCAGGGAUGUUCUUGGCUCCCGGUGGAUAAGCUGGCGUCCACUAUUCUUGAACUAGCCAGAACCUGUGCUGCGCCGAGUGUGUUUGAGCAAAGUCAGGCGUCCGGUUCAGCUAUGGUGGAGUACGUCGAUGACUCGGUUUUCAAUUUGUGUAAUUCUCGCGAAUUCACCUGGUCGUCUUUGCUACAGACUCUGAAAAAGUGUGGCUUCCGAUUCGACACUGUGCCCUUUGAAGAGUGGUUGCUGAGACUUCGUCGGAGUGAGGCGAGGGGUGAGGAACUUGUCAAUCCGGCGGUCAAGCUCAUUCAUCAUUAUGAGACGAUGCAUGGGAAACAAUCAUCUGUACAGAAUGGGCCAAAAAGAUUCGUUGCAGAGAAAGCAGAGCGGAGUAGCGCAACUUUGCGAAAUGGCCGACUGAGAAUUAUUGAUGAUGGAAUCCUGAGAUGCUAUGCUCAAGAUUGGUUGGCGAGGUGGACAGCAUAG